UUCCCUUGAUAUUGCAAUGAUGAGUACACAUUUUAAAUGACUUAUUUUGUUUGGAGCAACUGCAGAGACUUCAGUGUGGACUCAACCAACCAGAACAGCAUAGCAAUACCCUAGCAACAUCCUGCCACUCCAUUGUGUUAUUGAAGCAUCAUGGGACCUGUCUGUGGAUCUUUCUGUUUUGCCUAGCAACAGUGCGGGGAAGACGGGACACAUGUGUGUCUCAUGUUUGCAUCUGGUCAACAGUGGAUGUUUGUUCUCACAAGGUCCUGGGUGGAGCUGGAGAUGAACGGAAACACGCAGCAGCAGAACCCCAGUUUGCUCUCGCUGCUGGGGAACAGGAACCAAGGCGAGUCCCAGGCUUCACAGGCCCUGGAGACCGUGCAGGAGGAAGAGGAGGUCCUGAUAGGAGGACUGGAGCAUGUGCCUUCCUCCUCCUCUAUCCAUAACGGAGACAUGGAGAAAAUCCUACUGGAUGCCCAGCACGAGUCCAGCCCCAGCAGCUCGUCUUGCAACAGCCCACCACGACCACACAGUCCUGACCAAGAUGAGGGGCAGAUCACGUUUGAUGUGGAGAUGCCCAGCGAGAGAAACUGUCAGUCAGAAGAUGAUAGUCUGGAGAAGGACAAAGAAGAUGAUAUCCUCAUGGAUAAAGGGGAGAGUUGGGUGGCAGACUGGUCCAGUCGACCAGAGAACAUUCCUCCGAAGGAAUUCCACUUCCGCCACCCAAAGCGUUCUGGAUCGGUGUCUCUGAGCAUGAGAAAGACGGGUGCUAUGAGGAAAGGUGGCGUGUUCUCCGCCGAGUUCCUCAAAAUGUUCAUGCCCUCGCUGCUGCUCACCCACAUCCUGGCUCUGGGACUGGGGGUCUACAUUGGGAAGAGAUUGACUACACCCUCCACCAGCUCAUUUUAAACCUGAACAGACCCCAGUGCCUGGAUGCUCCAUCAUGAGCAGCGGUGGCACAGCAGUGGCCAAUCGUGUGAUGAUUCCUCUCUCUCUCAUUCUCUCCCCCUCUCUGACUUUCUCUUUAUCGUUUCUUUAAUCCACGGUCCUGAUUUCCCAUCACACAUUCUGCUUGUUGACCUUUGGCUGUGUCGCAUUUUCUUGCCCUCUAACGCUGUGGCUUACUGACAUGUUUUAGAUGUUUUUAUUUGGACAUGUAGUGAAUUAUUCACUGAUGUUUAUUUUUCAUGACACGCUACUGUACAAGUUAGAGCCCCACUACAGCCACAGCCAUAAUGCACUUUUAUUUCUGCAUGACGCACUUCAUAUGUAACUAAUAUAGAGUCUGGAUGUGGCCCAAGAUAUCUUGGGAGUAUAUUGACUCUCAAUAGGAAAUUUAGGAGGGUUGCUAUAGGAGGGUUGUGAUAUUUUAUUCUAGAGAGAUGAUUUUCUAGAGAGAUGAUUAAUUUAUUCACUUCCCUUCUUGUCACUGCAUCAAAAAUGCAUGUCAGUCAUUUACUUUCAUUGGAGAACGAUGACUGUUUCAUGACAGACCAAGUCAUUCAUUCUAUGUCAGUGCACAUGCUGCAUUGCUUUGGACUGUUACGACAAUUAUUUAGAGACUUAUUUUGCAUAGAAUGUAAAUCUUAGAGGUUCCACUAAGUUCUGUUUUAGGCCCUUUUCUGUUUGCUCUUCACUUCUGUAAAGAUCUAAAAUGACAGGCUAGAACCGAAGCAUCACUUUAUAGCAGCUUUAUAGUAUAAAAAUAUAUAAGUAAAUCACAAAUUUACAUGAACAAUACAUGGUUUUUCUAAUCGAAAGACCUUAAGCUAAAGAGAUCAGCAUGGACGUACAUCUGUUUAAGAGCCAAACUGGUCGCUACACACAAGAACACACACACUCUGGUUUGCCUUGAUGCAUAUCCUGCUCGCAGCAGUUUCUGACUGUGUAUCUUAGUGCCAAAGGGUUUCCACCGCCAACCCAACAUGAGUCGUUUGCACCUCUCGUAGACUCAGUCUGGGUUAUUGAUCCUGUCAGUCACUCUGUUUUGACAACACCUUACAAAGGCCUUUGGUUUUACUGUGAACACCCUGUGGAUAUUAGGCAUAGUGUUGCUAUAGUUGUGUAUUAUACGCAGUUGUACGUACUUUUGUCAUAGCAACAGAUCCACACUCGGUGUACAUAUUUAUAUGCAAUAUGGUGUAGUUUUACAGAUAAAACUACUCAUUUAGAAGACUUUAACAGGUUUACACUCGCUGAUUUACAUUUGUCACGAACAUGUCCGGGUCAUAUUUCAUCCCAUUUGAUUGAUUUUAUUUUAAUUUAGAAAGAUUUAAGCAUUAAAAGCAUUUUUUUUUUUUUUACUUUUGAUUUAUGGGUAAAAGAUAACCAAGACAUUUUCUUGACAAGUCUUUUUUAAUUCACCCUCACAGUAUCUAGUAACACUUUUACUAAGCAAAGUGUUUCAUACAAAAAAACAGUACAGCAAGAGUUUUGCUACCUAAAUCAGUUAACAGGUCACCCUUUGCAUUAAGGCCUUCUGUGUCAUUGUGCCACACUUUACUUCUUUACUCUGUUUUCAUGCUUUUUUUCUUUCUCAGAGGGGGAGUGGAAAUACAAGAGGCCAAUUUAGUGUCACUUCAACCGUGCCUCGACUUUUGUUUGCACCUUUUCUGAGCCCCAUUGCGUGCGUGUGUUCAGAGAUUUCACAUCAGGACGUGACAGAGGUGAAGUUUUCCCCUGCGUGGGGUGAAAUGAGAACUGUGAAUGGAAUAGCUGUAGCUCAUGUCAGAUAUGAUAAACUAGCCCUGCCCGCUCUGUUUCGGGUAGGAUCACCAUACGAGAUGUUUUACGCACAUUAUGAUGUUUUCUUUCUCUGUUAUAUCUCUCUUUUGUUUUUUUGAGUUUUUGCUUUAAUCAUGAGUGUGGAUACUGGAGGGCGGGGCCCUCGUGAUUGACAGCUCCACCAUGUGUUUCGUUUGCAUUCCCAUAGCGACUGGAGUGAUGAAGCAAUGAACAUGUAGUUUCGUGUGUUUUGCUGGUAUUGGAGGAAAAGUGAUAUUAAAAUAUAACCUGACAUUCAUCUUUUCUUUUGUUGUCAUUCCAUUGGGUUUUGCUUUUGCCAUGUGACAUCUUGGGAAGUUAUAUGAAACCCGUCCUUUUUGUUUUACCUCCCUGUUAUAUUCAUCACAUAAAUAUUCUUGCAUUAAUAUGCAUGUAGAACCAAACAAAUGUAGAUUAAAAC